CUUUCCAUUUGCUUCAUCUGCCAUCUCUGUUAUGUCUUUUGUUUUGGUUUUGUUUAUUAACACAGAAAAGCUUCACUGGCCUGAGCAAGAACUUGCUAAGAAGUCUAUCCUAAAUACACAAGAAUCGCGGACUGUCGACAGCCAAAGAAGCGCCUCACACUUGUCCCCUGGAAUUCUAAAGGACAUUUUCACAACCGGAACCAGUAGCUAUAAUGUCCUACUGCAGAGCAAGGAGGAGAAAAGGCAUCAUUCGCAAAAACAGUCUUCCUCCAGCCACUCCAAAAGAUGUAGGAAGCCCAGCAAAUCUCCUAGCUCUUCUCGUAGCAAAGAUGCACGUAGGAUGAAACCCCCCGCGCCGGCGAUGAGCGGUGGCACUUGGUACUGCCUGGAGAGGAAGCCUGCUGUUUUUGUCACUGGUUCAGUGUCAAGUCCUGCUAAGUUUAUGCAUGAUAUCUCUGUUACAGGGAGCAGCAUAGUCCUGCCACCCAAACCCAAAAGCAAGGUCAGGCGGCACCACUUCUCCACUCAGCCAAAACCAAAGCAGCAGCAGCCACAGCUGUCUAGAAGCUUUGAGAAAGGAGAUGACGCCUCCGGAAAGAAAUUCUGUAUACUGACGGCCAUAAAGCCCACCAAUCUAGAGAAGGAAAAACUCAGAUUCUUCAGGUCUGACUAUACCUACAAUCCUCAGUUUGAAUAUGCCAAUCCUGCUCUGCCAAGUGUGUUGGCUAAGCACAGUCACGCCUCUGACCGAUUCCUUAGGCAGUCCAUCAAUAUCAUGGAGCUAACAUUACAAAAAUAUGGAAGCUACGAGAAGUUUGAGCAAGCCACUGGUGGCAGCUUGCUUUCCAAGCCUCGGAUCUGGAGUCAUGUCAGGAAAUACAUGGUGAAGGAAGGCUGCCUGGGAGAGAUUGUGGUUCAUCUCACCGAGGACCUGCUUUCCCGAGCUUCAAUGACCGUGGUAAAUGGAUGUCCCACACUGACCAUCAACGUUUCCACCGCACGUGAGCACUGGCUGGAGGGGAUGCUGAGGCAUGAAAUAGGCACUCACUAUUUUCGAGGUAUUAACAACCUCCAGCAACCCUGGAACAGUUGGACUGGCCGCAAGAAACACAAGCUUAAACCCAAUAAUCCCACAGAGGAGGGCCUGGCAAGUCUUCACAGUGUCCUGUUCAGAAAAGACCCCUUUUUAUGGAGGGCUGCCCUCCUCUACUAUACCGUGUACCAAGCCAGCCAGAUGUCCUUCUGUGAACUUUUUGAAGAUAUUGGCAAGUUUGUCAAGGAUCCCAGUACACGAUGGGAUUAUUGUGUACGAGCCAAGAGGGGGUGGACUGACACUUCCCAACCAGGGUGUUUCAGUAAAGACCAGGUGUACCUGGACGGAAUCCUUCAGAUCCUCCGAUACCGAGAGAGCAUCGACUUCCACCUGCUGACUGCCCUGGGCAAGGUCUCCUAUGAAGAUGUGGACCGCUUAAAAGAACUGGCAGUCACUGAAAACCUGAGGGUCCCUCAUUUCCUGCAGGACCACAGUCGCUACAUGGAACACUUAGAGAAGAUCAUGGAAGUGAAUGAACUGACUGACAGGGAACUGAAAGACCUCAUCUAGUGCUUAGCAUUCUUGCAAACAUAGCAAAACUAUACCUCUAUGUAUAUUACCAAUUAGGUGCAGUUGGCACCAAAAGAUUUAUAAAAGAAUGACUGUUUUGGCUUUUCUAAAGGAUGAUUUUCAGUAUUCAGUUGAAUUUUUAGAAUAAGUACAAACCUUGAGCUAUUUCCAUAGAAUGUGUCUAUAGACUACAGGGGGAAGUUGGUCCUGCUUCACCUGCAGCUCAGAGUACUGCUGCUGAGUG